AUGUCUACUGGAAUUCGUAAACCUGAAGGUCGUCUUCUGGUUCAGAUCGACUUAAGAAACUGUUCAUCAUGCAAUUGCAUACGAAAUGAAAUUCUCUACCUCUUGGAGACGCCACGACCAUGUUGCGAAAACAAGGUUAAACCACCUCUGGUCCAGCCUGGUUGGGUCCAGAAGAUUCGAGUCCGUAUACCUCUUGGGCCGGUCGCUAAUGCCUGCGAGCUCAACCGAUAUGAAUGCCAUCUGAGACCGCCUUGCGUUGUCCAGGGUGGAUCAGUCCGUGUCACCGGACUGCGAGGCGGAAAAAGGAGAACGGGACAGAACGCCCUCCAAAGCAGUAGCAAAGUUGGCGUCCCAUUCUCGGGCUACUGGUUAGAAACAGCGAAACUGGCCAGCCAGACAAGCUCUUCUGCGAGCCUACUCACGCACAAAGUCUUCACUGCUCAUUGGCAUGCUUGCGCAAACAAGCAAACAUCGAGGCUGCGAUGCAUUCUCGCAUUAUUCCCUCGACAACCAAGCUUGUCCACGAUACAUCGUCAACUGGUUGUGAGCAGUUGUUUACCCAUUCGCCUACAGGCCUCGGCCAAAUCGGUACAUGCAGGUCCAGGGGUCAACUUGGUUGCAGGCCUCGUUGUACGGUCACGUUACGUGUCAAAAGGGCCAUCCUCCGAUCUCGAGACGGCUGAAACUGGAGUGAUUCUUGUUCGCACAUGA